AUGAGUAUUUUCCCAUUCUGCACAUAUAUAUGCAGGGUCUAUCACCGGCACCCUGCACCUAUAUGUGCAGAAUUGGAAAAGCUUGCACUUUUGUUCUUCAAUGUGAAUGUUGCAAACACUUUUCCCAUUCUGCACAUAUAUAUGCAGGGUCUAUCACCGGCACCCUGCACCUAUAUGUGCAGAAUGGGAAAAGCUUGCACUUUUUCCAAAGAAUGUCACAUCGAGAAUUUAAUUCAAGAAAAGAAUUUACAAAUGCAGGGUAUUGUUCCUUUACCCUG